AUGCCGCGGGAACCAUGCCAUCAAUACCGUGUCUCUGGCUCGCUGGCUGGUUGUGGGUCACGUCCCCAAGGUGCCAACUCAUCCCUGUCUGCCAGCAAGUACUUAGGCAACGCAGUCUGGACCGACUCUCAAAUCCGCCUUCCGUCUUCUUUUCCUCGUCUCGGUCUCUGUACACUUCCCGACACCAUCCAAAUGCCGCUCCCGAAUAUAACUCUACUCUUCGGCCCGAUGCUUAUAGGCGUCGUACUUAAUGUGCUGCUGUAUGGGAUCAUGGUUACUCAGAUGUUCAAAUACUACCACGAAUACCCUCGAGACCCCAAAUGGAUACGCUAUUUCAUGCUCUACCUUUUCGUGUUGGCAACGGCAGUGGUGGUGACGCACCUGGCACGGGGGCGGUACCAGGAAAGUCACGGGGAGUGA